UUGGGAAAAUUCCUCUUUAUUUCUACCGCUAACGUAAUUGAAGCACUUCUUCCAUAUUGAUCUAAAAAGAAAAAAGUAGCAGGAAAAAGAGUUAAAAAAGACAAGGAAAAAAGGGGAGUAGUAAACGUCUCCCAUGGAUUCUCCUCCACCCUUACAAUCCUCUGAUGCCCCUCCGACCCUAUAUAAAAACCCAUUACCCCAAAGUCUUCUCCGCCUUGAAGAACCUCCGCUCCUUCCUAUCCACAAUCAUGGAAGAAACCACCGCCGGAAGCAACCAAGAAGCCCCGCCCUUCGAUCCCUUAGUUCCUGCGGUUCCGGUCUCGUACCCGCUUAAAACGCUCGAGGAAUUGGAGUCCCGGGCCUACUUCAAGUCGUUUCACUACACUUUCAACCAAGCCCAAGUGAAGCUACAGCCAGCCGGAGGAGAUGGGGUGCCACCGCGACGGCGGAUUCUGGUUUGCCAUGACAUGGCGGGAGGGUAUACGGAUGAUAGAUAUGUGCAGGGUGGAAAGAAUGCUGACGCGUAUUCGAUAUGGCAUUGGUAUUUGAUUGAUGUUUUUGUUUACUUUUCGCAUGAUUUGGUGACGUUGCCGCCGCCGUGCUGGACUAAUACUGCUCAUAGACAUGGCGUUAAGGUAUUAGGAACCUUCAUUAUGGAAUGGGAUGAAGGAAGAAAACAUGCUGAUAAGCUGCUAUCGACAAAGGAUUCUGCUCAAAUGUAUGCCGAAAGAUUAACAGAGCUUGCUGUUGCUCUAGGCUUUGAUGGCUGGCUGAUCAAUAUGGAAGUCAAUUUAGAUCCUGGACAAAUCCCUAAUCUGAAAGCGUUUGUAAGCUACUUAAGCGAGACCAUGCACUCUUCACUACCAGGAUCUUUGGUUAUAUGGUAUGACAGUGUUACUGUUGAUGGUGAACUUAGCUGGCAGAAUCAAUUAAACGACAAAAACAAGCCUUUCUUUGACUUAUGUGACGGUAUAUUUGUGAAUUAUUCAUGGGAGGAAGAUUUUCCAAAACUAUCAGCUGAUGUUGCUGGUGACAGAAAAUUUGACGUUUACAUGGGCAUUGAUGUCUUUGGAAGGGGCACUUAUGGUGGCGGACAAUGGACAACCAACAUUGCCCUUGACGUGAUAAAGAAAAAUGACGUUUCAGCUGCCAUAUUUGCACCUGGAUGGGUCUAUGAGACUAAGCAACCACCUGACUUUCAAACUGCUCAGAGUCGAUGGUGGGGGCUUGUUGAAAAAUCAUGGGGAACUGUACAGAAUUAUCCCAAAAUACUUCCAUUCUACUCAAAUUUUGAUCAGGGUCAUGGUUACCACAUAUAUAGUGAAGGAGACCAAGUUUCCGACGCUCCUUGGAACAAUAUUUCAUCCCAAAGCUUUCAGCCUUUCAUUGAAUAUUCUGGAGACUCUACCACUGAGCCAAUCCAAGUUUCUAUCAAUUUGAAGGAGGCAUCUUACAAUGGAGGAGGAAACAUCUCAUUUAUAGGAACUCUUGAUGAUGGAGCUCAAUUUACGGCAAGGCUCUUCCAAGGAGAGCUUCUUUUAGGAAACUCGCCAGUUGAUUUUACAUAUUCUGUUAAAUCAAGUCGGAACUCUCUGUUAGGCCUUGCUCUUGUGCUCCUCUCUGCCACAGAUGAAAGAAAGUCUGUAUUGCUUGCUGUCUCUGGAAAUACCUUGCUGACCAUGAACCAGUUCUCAAGCCAUUAUACUACGGUGAUAAUGCCACGUCGGGUAACCAAGGCAGAGGGAGAGUCCAAAUGGAUUUUACAAGAAAGCAGGCUCGACAUGGCUGGACACAAAUUAAAAGAAAUCCGGGCUGUCUGCUACAGAUCAAAACUGGAAAAAUCCGCUGAAGCAGUCAGUAACACCCUUUCUGAUGGUCCAUCAGAAUACUAUGCGAUUCUUGGAGAUAUCAAGAUCACUACUGCUGGAGAUAAUUCAAAAUUCCCACCAUCUGAUUCAUGGCUCGUUGAUGGCCAAUUCGUCAGUUGGACUGCUGGUUCUCAAGGUUCGAAGCUCCUUAGUGUCCAAAUCGUGUGGCAACUGAAAGUUGGUAAUACUGAUCCUUUCCCCAAGUACAAUAUAUGUGUUGACAAGCUAACCAGUACGUCCUCUGGAAAUCAGAUUCUUAUGCUUUCAGAAGGUAACAAGUAUCUUGGCGUGGCAGUUGCAAAAACGUUCUAUGUUGCUGAUCUAGAAGUUCCUUCGGGCGUUUCUAGUCUGAAAUUCAUGAUCCAAGUAUGUGGCCUUGAUGGGGAUUGCCAGAAGCUAGAAGAUUCUCCAUUCCUCCUACUGCAAGUUGAGGGUUCAUAAAUCCCAUUAAUUUAAGCUUAUUAUUCAUGAAAAUUGUUUAUCACAAUAAGACAAGAAUGUAGAACUAUUUUGUAAGGUUAAAAGAAAAGCCAAUAUGACUGCUGCUUCCAACUUCAUGUCAGUGGCGUGGAACUGUGAGUUCACUAGUGACAUAUGUCAUGAGUGCAUAUGUAUUCAUAAAUUUUAAGCACACCAAAAAAAAAAUUAUUA